UUUAUACUACACUGCAAAACAUAUCCUCUUUAUAUAUAAAGGACAUGUAUAUUUUGUAACGGAAUAUACCAUAUUAGAACGGAUUUUUUACGUGUCCAUUUUAUUUAAGCGUGACUGGCGCAAUUCUUAAUGUGACAUGUUAUUUAUAUAGAUCAAUAUCCUUUAUAUAAAUAGGACUGGAAAUAAUCAUUAUAAAACAGACGUUAAACCGGACAUUAUAAAGGAUGUGGUCCGCCAUAUAUAUUAAAGCGGACGAAAUAAACAAAACGCAACGCAAUAUGGCGCGAGCGGUAGCGAUAGCCGUAUCGUUCACUCACAACAGUGUUAACUUGUUACUCUAACGGCCGUCCUCUUCCCAAUUAUAAUAAAUAUUUUUAUUACUAAUUGUUGGUGUUAAUAAUGGGUGUCGAUCGACGCGGUAACCAUCGCGGUAAAUGUACGGCGUGUGAUUGCGACGAAUUUGAGUUGCCUCAGGCGGAUGAUAACACAAAUGUGUGCUCUUUUUGCGGGCAUUAUUCGCCUUUACAUGAGCGUGUGGAAAUAAUUAAAGAAGCUCAUACGCACGAAAUUACAAUGCCUACAAUAGUGGCAAUAGAAAAUUUGACUGACUCAGUACGCAAUGAAGUGAUCGAAGUAAUGGAAGUAAUCAAUCCCAAUGAAGAUCCAGACUCUCAACAAACUCUGCAAUCUGCCAACAAUGUAGAGCAACAGGAUAAUGAUAUAAUUGUAGCUGAGGAAAAUAAUUGGGUAAUAAUGGGUUACGAGUGUUUGCUUUGUGGAUUAAUUUGCAAUAAAAAAACACGUUUAAUACAUCACGUAAAUGUAACGCAUACAAACAGAUCAAAACACACAGUAAUUUGUCAUUGUCGUAAAUGCAAUUUUUAUUUUUCAAUAUUAACAGAAUUUAAGACUCAUAAAUGUGUUGCCCCGAGGUUUGCAUGUGAUUUGCCAGUUGUAGAAUUACAACAAAAUGAAACUAAUGUCAAUACUGAUGUAAUAGUAGAAAAACAUGAAAAAGAAUUGAAUCUUGCCGAUAAAAUUUUAGAUUUCUGUGUACUCCUGGAAGCAAAACAUAAAGUUCCUAAAAUAGCAAUAAACGUAAUGACAAAUUUUCUUGGCUGCAUUGGUCAUGAAAACGAUGUUUCUCAGUCAGUCUCAGAUAGAUUACGUAAACGUCAAUUGAUAAAAAAUGGUGUGUAUCUUGUUCCUCAACAAGUAGAUCUUCCUGAUGGCAGUAGUGGAUAUGUAGUGUCAAUUAUUGAUAUAAUUCAGAAUUUAGCAAAAUUUAAUGAAAUUUUAUCCUUCUUCAAAAAUAAUGCCCCAUUGUCAGAUCAUCACAUAACUGAUAUAAUGCAGGGUCAAAGAUUCAGGAAUCAUCCUGGACAGAUUGCACACGAAAAAAACAACAUUGCUUUGUUAUUAUACAAUGAUGAUAUUGAAUUAUGUAAUCCAAUUGGCAUGCACAGAGGUACUAACAAAAUAUGUUUAUUUUACGUGACAAUUCUGAACAUACCUGUCCAAUUACGAUCACGUUUAGCAGCUACAUUUUGCAUUGCUGUAUGUAAAAGUAAAUCAUUGAAAUCUUUUAAGACACAUGAGAUUCUUCUUAAUAAUUUCAUUAACGAUUUAAAGAUGCUUGCUUCUACAGGAAUUAUAAUUUCUUCUGAUCCACAAGGAGAAAAAUUUUAUGGCUAUUUAUUUGCAUAUCAUGCUGAUGCACUAGCAGCACAUCAAUUAUGUGGUUUUAAGGAAUGUUUUUCUCCUCGCGUUAAGCAACAAUGUAGAAUCUGUACUGCGUCAUUUACAUUAUUUCCUAAAAUGUCAUAUCAUUCUCAAUGUCCUUUGCGAGAUGAAAUACAACAUUAUCGAACUGUCGAUGAAAUGAAAAAAAUGAUGAAGGAAAAUAAGGCAUUGUAUUCCAAAAAGUCUCAAAAGAAUGGAAUUAAGCGAGAUACCAUAUUUCGGCACAUUCCUUUCUUCAAUAUAUUCAAAGAUGUUCUGUAUGAUCCUAUGCACGUAUUAUUGGAGGGUAUUGUUCCAAAAGAAUUAAGCUUGUUCCUGAAAACUAUUGUUUUGCAACGUUUAAUUACUCGUGAUCGCCUGAAUACUCUGAUUAGCAAAUUUAAAUUUCACAAAAGCAUUCCAAGUGGUGAAAGGCCUCGCAUUAUUCCUCCAGAUUUUUCUAUAUCGGGAACCAGUAAAGCAAACUUCACACUAAUGUAUCAUUUGCCGAUUCUUCUGCAUCAUGAUAUUCCUACUGAUAAUCAGCACUGGCAGUGUUUUCUUUUGCUUGUCGGACUUGUUAAAUUGAUAUGGUCACCUGCAUUGACAGUUGAAUCUUUAACUGCAAUAGAGGCUUUAGUUCAUGAACACCAAAAUUUGUAUGUGAAAUUAUAUCCAGGUAAUUUCUUUCCCAAGUUGCACAUGUUAGUUCACUUAGCUGCACAGAUGCACACUCAUGGGCCAGGUAGAUUCCAAUCAUGUAUACGUGCUGAAAGCAAACAUUUUGUUGUCAAGCAAAAGCGUUUUUUUUCCUACAAAAAUAUUUGCUAUUCUGUGAUGGAUCAUUUUCAAAUAGAAUGUGCUUAUCAAAUGUUUCAUAGUAAUGGCUCUGUUAAACAUUCUUUUUUAUCUCCAUCAGCGGACAUAAAAGUUAAAAAUGCUAUUAUAAAAGAGCAUGAAAGUACUAUCUUUGAAAUGUUACCUGAUUCUGAUAAUGUCUCUGAUGCAAUCGAAUUGUCAUACUUAAAAUAUCAUGGUGUACAAUACAAGAACAAUGUCAUUUUGAUAGUUGGAGAGAUUGAUGAUCAUCCUUUGUUCGGUAGAGUUUGUCGCAUAUUUCUCUUUGAAAAUGUGUUCUAUGUGCUUGUGGAAACUCUUCUUACAACAUACCAACAAAACACAUGCAGUUAUGUUGUAUCUUGUAAAAAUGAACUUAAAAUGUACAGCAUUUGCAAACUCGAGUAUCCAUGGACUGUCCCAGAAUAUGUUAUAAAUGGCAAGAUUCACAUUCUUUUGCCUUCGGGGUGGUUUACUGGUCUUGUAAAUUAAUUCCAUUAUUUUAUUAUUUUAAAUAUUGCAGCUUGAUAAUAAUAAAACCCAGUUAUUACCUAGCUUUAGUUCAUAUGUAAUGCCUUUUUUGGAAGGGCAAGCUAUGAGUCCCAAAAAAAAAAAAAAA